AUGCGCGGCACCACGGUGGUUUGGGGCGACUACGGCCUGCGGAUGCGCGACCAUGACCGUCGAAUCAGCGCCCAUCAGCUUAAGAUUGCCGAGGAGACCAUCAAGAAGCGCCUCAGGGGGAUGAAGUUCCGCAUGUACAUGCGCAUUGCUGCGAACAUUGGUGUAUACACCAGCGGCAACGAGAGCCGUAUGGGAAAAGGAAAGGGUAGCUUUGAUCGAUGGACGGCGAGGGUGGCGGUGAGCAAGAUCAUAUUCGAGCUCAAGGGCGAUUUGCACGAGCAAGUGGUCAGGGACGCCUUUCGGCUUGCAGGGAACAAGCUGCCUGGAUUGUACGAGUUUGUGAAGAAGGGCGACCCGGCCGUCAUGGGCCUGACGAAGGUCGGAGUCAACGGCGUCACUGAAGCUGAUCUGAAGAGGCCCCGGAAGAAAUUGCCUCUGGAAGAGACGGCGGCACGGUUACCAGAGGCUUGA